UUUCCUCUUUUAAGUGCACGAGCCCCUCCUCGCAGCCUCAGCACUCAGUGCACAGCCGACGCCACGGGGGAAGAGGACCCGACCUUCCGCCUUCGCCCCCUCCAGGCCUCGGCAAGCGGGAAAACCCCGGGGCGGGGGCAAAGCCCCCCGCAGCUCAAUCCAGACACCGCCCCGCGGGAUGGGCGGCCGUGGACCGGGGGCUGCAGGGCAGCGCGGCGACGGAGCGCAGAGGUCUUAAUGAAAUAGCAAUCAAAGAAACAGUCGGGACUCCAAUAUGGCUUUCCAUGCAGAGGGGCUAGUGGCCAUAGUUGUAUUCUACCUGGCUAUCCUGGCAGUUGGGAUAUGGGCUGCUUGGAAAACCAAGAACACCGGCAGCGAAGGAGACCGCAGCGAAGCUAUCAUAGUCGGUGGAAGAGACAUUGGCUUGUUAGUUGGUGGAUUUACAAUGACUGCCACGUGGGUUGGAGGAGGUUACAUCAACGGGACAGCAGAAGCUGUGUAUGUCCCAGGCUAUGGUCUAGCUUGGGCUCAGGCACCCAUCGGAUAUUCCCUUAGUCUGAUUUUAGGUGGCCUAUUUUUUGCAAAACCCAUGCGAUCCAAAGGCUAUGUGACAAUGCUAGACCCUUUUCAGCAGCUUUAUGGAAAGAGGAUGGGAGGGCUGCUGUUUAUUCCAGCUUUAAUGGGAGAAAUGUUUUGGGCUGCUGCCAUCUUCUCUGCCUUAGGUGCCACUAUAAGUGUGAUCGUUGACAUUAAUGUCAAUGUUUCAGUCAUUAUUUCUGCCCUGAUCGCAACUCUGUACACACUUGUGGGGGGGGUUUAUUCUGUGGCCUACACUGAUGUCGUUCAGCUCUUCUGCAUCUUCCUGGGACUGUGGAUCAGUGUACCCUUUGCUAUGUCCCAUCCUGCAGUAACAGACAUUGGGCUGACGGCUGUGCACCAUGUGCACCAAGAACCUUGGCUUGGAUCUAUCAACUCACUUGACAUUUACACAUGGCUGGACAAUUUCUUUUUACUGACAUUAGGAGGAAUCCCAUGGCAAGCAUAUUUCCAGCGAGUUCUUUCCUCAUCUUCUGCCACAUAUGCUCAAGUUCUGUCAUUUCUGGCUGCUUUUGGCUGCCUUGUCAUGGCUCUUCCCGCAGUGCUCAUUGGUGCAAUUGGAGCAUCUACAGCCUGGAAUGAGACUGAGUAUGGUGUCCCUGACCCCAUGUCUAAAAAAGAAGCUGAUAUGAUUUUACCAAUCGUGCUCCAGUACCUUUGUCCAGUCUAUAUCUCGUUCUUUGGCCUCGGCGCUGUAUCUGCUGCUGUGAUGUCAUCAGCUGACUCUUCAAUUUUAUCAGCAAGUUCCAUGUUUGCUCGGAACAUUUACCAGCUCUCCUUUCGGCAAAACGCUUCAGACAGGGAAAUCGUGUGGGUCAUGAGAAUCACUGUUUUCCUAUUUGGAGCAUCAGCAACAGCAAUGGCCCUGCUAGCUUCAUCAGUGUACGGCCUGUGGUACCUCAGCUCUGACCUCGUUUACAUCAUCAUAUUCCCCCAGCUCCUCUGUGUGCUAUUUAUUAAAGGAACCAACACCUACGGUGCCAUUGCAGGAUACUUGUUUGGAAUUGUUCUCAGAAUAACCGGAGGAGAACCAUACCUCUACCUUCAGCCCUUGAUCUACUAUCCUGGCUGCUAUCCAGACGAGAAUAAUAUCUAUAUCCAGCGAUUCCCUUUUAAGACGCUUGCUAUGCUUUCCUCCUUCUUUGCUAACAUUAUAGUCUCCUACCUAGCCAAAUACUUAUUUGAGAGCGGGACUUUGCCACCAAAGCUGGACUUCCUUGAUGCUGUUGUUGCCAGGUAUAGUAGAGAACACAUGGACAAAGCAACUCUUGUAAAAAGUGACAAUAUUGUAUUAAAUGAACUUGCACCUGUGAAUCCCCGGCACAGCUUAACCUUGAGCUCUACUUUUACAAACAAGGAAGCCUUCAAUUAUGUUGAUUCGAGUCCAGAGCUGUCCAACACUGAAGAUAAUUAAAAAAUCUGGUAGCCACAGGCACAGCAAUGUGAAGAAGGAGACUCCACAAAGAAUAGUAAGAGGCAUUUUAUCAGAAGAAAAGCAUGAACUGGGAAUAAAAUGCCGCUGCACAAUUCUUUAUGUUGUUUCUAGGAGCAGGAGCAUCCCAUGGGAGGAACACUUUUCUGUUACUAGCCAAGAUGCUGGAUCAGAUCAGAGAGUACUUAACAAAAGACACAGAUCUCCUUCUUUCCACCCAGAACUGUAUACUGUGUAACUAAAUAUAUUUACAACUGAGACUAUAAGUAGCAGAAAAAGUGCAACAGUUACUUAGCUAGGACAUCCUACGAAGAUACUAUAAUACAGUCACUCUGAAACACAGUGAGUCAACAUUUUAUUGGCAUUACAUGGAAAUAUAUUGUCACAGCUAUAAGUGAUUUAUUACUACAGAGUUAGUUGCUUGAGCAAAGACAGACACACCGAUAACUUCCCCGGGGUUUUGGUCUGGUUGUGUUUUUUUCCUCAUAAAGAAGUUCAAAUAACACAAAUUUAGUGUUUAAUUAUUUGUAUAAGACAUCAAAACAUGCAAAAGGUAAUAAAAUCCUUAUAGGAGUGCUAUACAUCAUAUAUUAAUUUUUAAAGAAAAAAAUUAAGUCACCAGUUUAAAAUGAUGUUAUAUCUAGUGCAAGAUGGCCUUAAACAAAGUAUGUUACUCUAGGUGUUCUCUUUCUCCUGUGGCUAGUGGCUGCCACCAAUGGAGGGUAACACAUUUUUUUUUAAGCAAUAAUUGGAGUUGAAACUCAGCUUAUGAAAAAUGACAGAACUUUUAUAAACUAAAUAUAGCUUUUCGAUGUCGAGACAAGAAACCUUCUUCUUCAAAAUGAACACAGAACAAAAUCAGUCUGGCACCAAGUGACUGCAGCAACGGAACAAGUAUUACAAUACAAGAAUCAAGAAGACUUGAGAAAAUGGAUGAGAGGGGUUUCCAUGGGGAAAAUCCCUAUUUUUCACUUAAUCAAAAUAUAUCCUCAAAGACAUCAAAAAGUCUUAUGGAUUGGUCUUGCUGAAAUUUCUUUGGAAAAUACAUGUUUUCCAUGGAAAAAAACACAGUUUCUCAAAAAAAUCUGAUUUCCCAUGGGAAAAACAAGACUUGCUGGACAGAUUUCGGCAGUGUCUACUUCCAAAAGCAGCUGCAGCUUGGAGGCAAACUGAAAGGAAAGGUGAAGUCAUCAGUGAAGUGAAAGGCACAGCAGUGUCUUGCACUAAAUGCUGGAGUCCUUCAUUAACAGCCAUCCUGGGCCAUCGUGGUGACUCUGUGGAACACCAGCAGUGGCCAGGCGCAGAUGAAACUCCACACACUGAUGGCAGUGCUGGCCAGAAGCAGCAAAGCAAGGAGGGGAGGCCUCUUCUGACUUUGCCUGAGCCAGCAAGGAACAUGCAGUAUUGUUUCCAUUUGCCCACGGCCGAGAUGAUUGUGCCCAUCCCCAUUGGUAGUGCCUUUCACAGUGGGAGAUCUAAUAGCUAGA